AGUUGGACGGAAGUUCAAAGUGCAUUACAAAACUCUACUAGUGUCGCAUGAUUUGUGUGGAAUAUGUGUCGACUGUUGAUAACGAAGUAGCGUAGUCAUUAUAAUAUCGUUGCGUUCUUCAAGCAUUGUGUUCUGGAAUAGUGCAAUUAGAAUUUGUGACAGUGUUUGCAAUUCUGAAAAGGAAAGAAUCAUAUUUCUUCAAUUUGAACGUGACUCAAAACAACUCGUAAAAUGGAUCAUUUUAGGGAAUUGGUGAUCUUAAAUGAAUCCAGCUGAGCUCAACUAUCAACCAGUGGCGACUUUCGAGAAGUUCGAAAAAGAGAAUUACAAGAUGGAAAAGGGAACUCCUUCACGGCAAUUUUUGGCCGGCGUUACAGUCAACCUCGCUUCGGUAGCCCUUGGCACGUGCUUGGGCUGGACCUCACCUGUAUCCGAUCAACUGCGCUCAAACGAUACCAACGUCAACCCCCUGGAUGAAAUUCCCACUACGUCGGAGGAGUCAUGGAUCGGUUCCCUGGUGGCACUUGGUGCACUUAUUGCUCCUUUCAUCGCUGGACCUUUGGCGGAAAAGUUCGGCCGUAAACUUACCCUGCUGGGGAGCGCAGCAUUCUUCAUUCUUAGCUACAUAAUCCUGCUGUGCACCUCCUCGGUAGGAGCCGUGCUGGCAGCUCGUUUGAUUCAAGGCUUCGGGGUUGGAUUUGUCAUGACCGUCCAGACGAUGUACAUCGGAGAGAUUGCGAGCAACGAAUACCGAGGGGCUUUGGGUUCCCUCAUGCAGCUGUGCAUUGUUACGGGCAUCCUGUACGUAUACUCAGUUGGGCCGUACGUGAGCUACGCAGCUCUACAAUGGGCUUGUUUGGCGCUUCCGAUCAUCUUUGCUGGGACAUUUUUCUUCAUGCCGGAAACGCCCGCAUUCUACAUUUCUAAGGGACGCAAAAACGACGCAAUCAAUUCGUUGCAAUUUUUGCGAGGAAAAUCGUCCGACGGGGUUCAGGAUGAAUUGCAAGAAACGACCCGCUGUGUCGAGGAUUCAAUGAAGAAUAAAGCCAGUAUGAUGGAUUUGUUCAAGAGCAAAGGAAACAUCAAAGCGUUGAUCAUCUGUUCCGGACUUAUCAGCUUCCAGCAGCUGUCUGGAAUCAACGUAAUCCUGUUCUACAGUCAGACGAUCUUUGCCAAGACGGGCAGUAGCAUGUCGCCAGCCAUCUCAACUAUUUUAGUGGGCGUUGUCCAGGUGUUGGCCAGUGGAGCGACACCCCUGAUCGUCGAUCGGUUGGGUCGCAAACCGAUUCUGCUGGUUUCGGCUGGGGGAAUGUGCAUAGCUCAUGGUACGAUGGGACUCUUCUUCUACAUGGACCACAUCAAGUCAGAAUCACUGGAGAGUAUCAUGUGGUUGCCGAUCUUUUCGCUGAUCUUCUUCGUGACCGUGUACUGCGUUGGCUUCGGACCGCUGCCGUGGGCCGUGCUGGGCGAGAUGUUCCCAGCCAAUGUGAAGUCGAUCGCGUCGUCAAUAGUGGCCUCCAAUUGCUGGGUGCUGGGCUUUCUGGUGUUGCAGUUCUUCUCAACGCUGGACAAUGCCGUUGGAUCUCAUUGGUCGUUCUGGAUCUUUGGAAUUUUCUGCGGAAUUGCGUUUGUGUUUACGCUGACCACGGUUAUGGAGACGAAGGGAAUGAGCCUGCAGCAGAUUCAGGACAAGUUGAACGAAUAAGAGGCAGUAUAUGUGAGACGUGUUUUGCUAUUUUCGAUAAGUGAUAAAGUGGACUACUAAUAAGAGUUGAUUGAUUGCUAGGGUAGAUAAGUAAAUAAAAAUUAUUUAUGAUAUAUUGUGACCAUAUUUUUAAAUAGAUUGUAAUGUUAACUCUAUGAUCUAUGGUAAAUAAAUGUUGAUUUGUGUUCGAA